AUGUCCCAGAUAUUUUCGCUGUUUUACGAGACGUUCAUGUUGAGCCUCGCGCCCGAAAUCAUCGGCGCAGUUGGCGCCGGCCUCGUUCUCGAGGCUGUAAUCCAGAUACUUGCCUUCAAACAUCGGCAAUUGCUUCCCCAGCAUUGCUUCCUCAAACUGCCCCUUUGGCUGUGGAUAACUUGUUGUGUGCUGGGGUAUAGCGUCGCAUUAUCUGCGCUCUUUUAUGGGACGUACCAACUGGAACCCGCGCAGGGCUACUAUUCAGCCGGAUUUCAGCGUCUGCUCAAAGAUUAUCCCUGUUUGGGCGCGAUCGGCGAUGCGCCAAAUCUUUACGCCUUAGCUGACGGCGGCAGCCAAUUGGUCACCUGUUGCUGCAUUCUAUUCGUUUGCUUCAUGAAUUGCAGCCUGGCCGCGUUUUUCUCCCUUCACUCACUUGUUCUAUUGUACACAAAACAGAGCCACGCCAGCCUGAAGACGCAAAAACUACAGCGGCUUAUGCUUCCCUUCAUUUGUCUCGCAUCUCCAUGGUUUUAUUUUACCUUGGCAACGGUGUUCAAAAUUGGUAUAAGCAUCGGUUUGAACGACGUUCUAAUGGCCUGCUUUUGCUCGCAUGGCCUGUUAAACUCCAUUUCGAUAAUGCUAAUCUAUCGACCUUAUCGUAUGGAGACGUUCCUGAUAAUCACCAAG